ACAGAGACGCGGAAAGAGACGGAGACACGGAAACAGACACGCAUAGAGACAGAGACACAUAGACAAACACAUAGAUACACAUAUAUACACAGACAAAAAAAAACAUACAGAGACAUUGAGUCGCAAAGGUAAAGACACAUACAUAUACAGUGAAUACAGAGACGCAGACACGGGCAAAGACACACACCGUAGGUGAAGACAAAGACACACGCAUAGACUAAGUCGUUUAAACAACAUAAGAUAGACAUAGACAAAUACGCACAGACGCGCAAACAAUUACAGACGCACAUAGACAAAUGCACACAGAGUCACAAAAACAAACACACUCACAGGCAGACGCACAGGCAGAUUAAAGGGCGAACGUGACCCGAACGUGACCUCGAGGCGCUGAAAGUGAAGAAGAAGAAGAAGGCUGGGCAGGACCCUGGGGACUUCGUUGACUAAGGGCCAAGUUCACACACGAGGAUGACUUCUGUACUGGAGGACCCAAGCCUGGAGAGGCACUUCAAGGGCCACCGAGACACGAUUACCAGCGUGGACUUCAACCCCAACAUGAAGCAACUGGCGAGCGGUUCCAUGGACGCCUGUCUCAUGGUGUGGAACUUCAAGCCGCAGACGCGCGCAUACCGCUUUGUGGGCCACAAGGACGCCGUGAUGAGCGUGCAGUUCUCCCCGUCCGGCCACCUCGUCGUGUCGGCCUCACGCGACAAGACGGUCCGACUGUGGGUGCCCAGCGUGAAAGGAGAGUCGACGGUGUUCAAGGCACACACGGCCACCGUGCGCAGUGUGAGCUUCUCGGCUGAUGGGCAGUCUCUGGUCACCGCCUCGGACGACAAGUCCAUCAAAGUGUGGACAGUCCACCGCCAGAAAUUCCUCUACUCCCUCAACCAGCACUCCAACUGGGUCCGAAGUGCUAAAUUCUCGCCCGACGGGCGGCUCAUUGUGUCGGGAAGCGACGACCGCACGGUGCGCGUGUGGGACUCGAAUAGCCGGGAGUGCGUGCACACCUUCUACGAGCACGGAGGCUUCGUGAACCAGGUGGACUUCCACCCGAGUGGGACGUGCAUCGCUGCUGCGGGCACGGACAACACGGUGAAGGUGUGGGACAUCCGCAUGAACAAGCUGCUGCAGCACUACCAGGUCCACGGUGCGGCGGUGAAUUCCCUCUCCUUCCACCCGACCGGGAACUACCUCAUCACCGCCUCCAAUGACUCGACCCUCAAGGUCCUUGACCUGGUGGAGGGGCGCCUCUUCUACACUCUGCACGGCCACCAGGGCCCAGCCACAGCAGUGGCUUUCUCCCGUGCUGGGGAUUUCUUUGCAUCGGGAGGCUCCGACGAGCAGGUGAUGGUGUGGAAGACAAACUUUGACUCUGUGGAUUACUCGGAGGUUCUGAGGAGCCACAAGCAGAGGGCAAACCCUGACCCACCACCCUACGUCCACGACAUCCCACCUCGCUCCCCACGUCCCCACAGCCAAAGCGCCAACAGCAUUCAGAUCCAUUCCAGCUUAGAGCCAGUGGACACUGUGUCUGGGAAUCCAGAAGUAGUUGAACUGGGCCCCUCCGUGUUUUCUCUUUGUAAGGGCAACAAGUCUGGGCACGCUGGCGCGGCAACCGAGGCCUCGGAGCCGUCGGGCCGCCGCCGCGGGCAGCAGCCUCGCCGGCCCGUCACGGCGGGCGGCGCACACCACCAGCCGGGCUCGGGCGCGAGCAGCCAGCACCAGGAUCACGGCGCUGGUGUCGCCGGGACCAACGGCUUCCACGCGGAGGGGAGCGGCAGCUGCCCCGUGAGUCGGCCGCUCGAGGACAGAGCGGGGAUCCCCGCGGCGCUCGUCAACACAUUUGAGCACAUCGUCACGCAGCUCGACAUCCUCACGCAGACGGUGUCCAUCCUGGAGCAAAGGCUGACGAUGACGGAAGACAAGCUCAGGGAGUGUCUGGAGGCCCAGCAGCACAGCCACGCUCGCGAGUGAAGCUCCCUGCGUCCCCCCACGCUCGUCCCCCGUCUCUCUUGCGGCGUGCAUCGCGUUGUCCACUUCAGGUUGUGAAAACGUCAGGAAGUUUCCGUUUUGUUUUUAUUCGUUCAAAUUGUCAACUUUUAAAAGUUAGGUAGCAAUAAGCGUCGUGUUCCAUUUUAAUGUUUUCUUUGUUUUAAAUCAAAACGGACGCCACUGGAAUUUCACCUAAGCAGUGGUAACGUUUCCUUGCGAUGGGUUUUUAAGUGUUGUGGUUUGCGGUAUGCGUACGCACUUUUAAUGGCCUUUAAUACGACCACUCAGAAUGAAGAGCAACCAUAUGGUGCCAUAUGUCCUGCACAUGGAGAGAGUGAGGUUUCUGGGCUGGUGCAGCCCCAAAGUUUGAGGGUGCACGUUAUGCCAGUGGUGUAACAUUGUUCCCGACAAUCAAUUGUGGCGGUAACAUCUUCUUUAAAACGCCAGCUCCCUACAGAUAUGACCUCGAGCAGCGAGGCUUACGCAUAAAGGCAGAUGGGGGGGGGUAAUUUUUUUGUAAAUGUUUCCAAUAAGCAUUCUUUUAGGUUAUUACUUAAAUUGGCACUGGAUACAGUGAUGAGGCACUCCUGCACAAUUUCCUGGUCUACGUCACAAUGUGGUCUCUUAUUUGGAAAUUGUAGUGGAUGCUUGUGGAUUUGACUGCCCACUUGUACGGACCAAAGAACACAAAUUGUGUGAAAUGGCUUUGUGCUCUUAAUUGCGCCCGGGCAAAACAGCAACAUAGCCAAGGUCCGCCGUGCGGCGAGGAGGUCGGUGACAAGGCUUGAGUUAUGUUUUAGAUUACAUUGUUGUCCACGUGUUUCGUGCAUUCACCAACCACCUUGCAAGAAUAAGGGAUUUAUAUUCGAUCUGAAGCUACUGGUUAAACAUGUCAGGGUAACUGUGCUCAUAUGAACGAUAGGUGGUUUUCAUCACCAUCGCUUCCCACCAAGUGAUUCACAGCUAGUUCUGGUGACCAUUUCAGAGACUUGAUGGGUUGAUCCCAGCUGGGAUUAAAACUCAUGAUUUCACAAGUUAGGGCCUGUCUACUAUAAGCUGACCUGUACUUCGACUGUUUGCAUAGAUUAGUGGCCAAUAAAUCUUAGAGCACACAGAGCUGUUUCCCAAAGGACAGCUCCUAACUCACAAAUGAUCGGUUGUAUAUAUUUCUCAAAAUAUUUGCAACGUAAUGGUUUGUGUGCACAGAUUAUAUUUGUGCCGUGUACAUUUUACAAUAAUCUUUUGGGAGUUAUUUCUUUAACAAAAACGUGUUUUACCCUUGUCUUUUGUAAAGAUUAUCUUAUUUUGCUGUGUUAAUGCGUUUUAUCUCGUGGCUUUUAGAAGAUAUGUCUAAAGCAUCUUUGAUCAUUAAAAUAUUUUUCGUAACUUUAA